AUGGCCGAAGAUCAGAUCAAAAUCACUUCCGAGAUUUCCCUUGAAACUCCCACCUUCGACAGCCGCCAAGAUGGGUUUGGAAUAGGCAACCCGACGCCUCGUAUCUCUUGGCGCUUUUUGUACAACGAUCUCAGUAUUCAAGACUGGCAACAGAAGAGAUAUGAAAUCGAACUCGAACGCAAGGGUACCGUGGGAGCAUAUCGCGUCGACUCCCCCGAAUCGGUUCGUGUGCCAUGGCCUGCUUCACCCUUGAGCUCCCGGGAAAGGGCUAUCAUUCGUGUCAGAUCAAUAGGGGUAUUCAAAGGCUGCGAGAUACCCACUGCCACGGAAUGGUCAGCUUGGGCUUCAGUUGAGACAGGCCUACUCGACAAAGAAGAAUGGCGCGCUCAGUUGAUCACAGGCCAGCAAGAAGCUUCUCCCGACAAGCCGAUCCAACCUCUGCUGUUAAGGCGAUCUUUCGAUGUCCCUAAAGUUAGGAAAAGCAUUAGCAAAGCACGUCUUUACGUUACUGCGCAAGGUGUUUACCAUGCUUAUCUGAAUGGAACUCGUGUGGGCGACCAUUUUAUGGCUCCAGGUUUCACCGACUAUCGAUUUCGCAUUGCCUACCAAGUCUUCGACGUGACAGAUCUCAUUCGGAGUGACUCAGCCAAUUUCCUUGCAGCAGAAGUUGGCGAGGGCUGGUUUGCAUCAAGUCUGUGGAGAGAAGGACGGCAGAUUUAUGGCAAGGACAUCGGGUUGAUCGCUCAGUUGGAAAUUUCUUUUAACGAGCAUGAGUCGUUAGUCGUGAUAACAGACGCAGAGUGGGAAUGGAACACGGGGCCUAUAGUGAGCAGUGAGAUCUACGAUGGUGAGACCUAUGAUAGGACACAAGAUCAACCAGGCUGGAAAACUGGAGCCGAAGCUCGAUCGGGCACUCAAUGGAUGAAAGUCACCGUCUUGCCUCUUCCUUCUAUCACAUUUUCGGCGCCAGACGGGCCCCCUGUUCGUGCGACACAGGAGGUAAGCCCACAGAGAAUCUUUAAAUCUCCAUCUGGUAACCAAAUCAUUGAUUUCGGACAAAACUUGGUGGGCAAAUUAUGUAUUCGUGGAUUGCAAAAGCUAGCUGGCCAUGCCGUGAUUUUCGAACAUGCGGAGGUCCUCGAACACGGAGAGCUUUGCAUGCGUCCACUUCGGGCCGCGCGAUGCACCGAUAUUGUCCUAAGCUCUGGUGAUGAGCUGGAGACUUGGUCUCCUAGCUUUACGUUCCAUGGCUUCCGAUUUGUCCAGAUCAAAGGAUGGACUUCAGAAGACCAACGUUGUCCACUACGCGCAGAGAAUAUCACGGCCAUUGUCUUCCACAGCGAUAUGAAACGAACGGGUUGGUUUUCUUGUUCUGACGACCAGCUCAACAGACUACAUGAAAACUCAGUCUGGAGCAUGCGCGGAAAUUUCCUGUCUAUUCCAACAGAUUGCCCUCAACGCGAUGAACGCCUGGGCUGGACUGGCGACAUUCAAGUCUUCAGCCCUUCUGCGAACUUUUUAUAUGACACCAACGGCAUGCUAGCUGAUUGGCUUGUCGACGUUGCUUUGGAACAAAAUGAAGAGAACGGCGUUCCUCCGAUGAUAGUGCCCAACGUUCAAUUUGCGAAAGAGUCACGCCCACCGCAGGCUGUUUGGGGCGAUGCUUCUAUCCUGGUCCCUUGGGCUUUGUAUAGAUGGUUCGGCGACAGAGAUAUACUGCUUCGACAAUAUAGAAGUAUGAAAUCAUGGUUGGACAAAGGCUGUUCUCGUGGCGAGGAUGGGCUAUGGACAACCUCAUUAUGGCAACACGGGGACUGGUUGGACCCAUCAGCUCCGCCUGAAGAUCCAGGAAAUGGCCAGACAGAUGGCGUGUAUGUAGCUGAUGCCUACUUGGUCUAUGUGACUGGGAUUCUCAGCCAGGCAGCCACUGUUCUCCAAUUCCCGGAAGACGCACAAAGAUAUCUGCAAGAUCAUAACCGCCUCAAGCAGGUGUUCCAAGAGAAAUACAUUACUCCCAAGGGGAUGGUGAUGUGCGACACCCAAACCUCCUUAUCGUUAGCCUUGGUAUUCUCGCUGUUUGCAUCAGAUGAUCAGAUCAAGAAUGCCGGUGAACGUUUGGCUCGAAAAGUGCGCUUUGCGAAAUUCCGAGUUGCCACAGGAUUUGCGGGCACCCCUAUUGUGACACACGCACUGUCCAAGACUGGGUGGCACCAGCUUGCAUACAGGAUGUUGCUCGAAACUGGCUGUCCUUCAUGGCUUUAUCCUGUCACAAUGGGUGCUACCACUACUUGGGAACGGUGGAAUAGCAUGCUCCCAGAUGGCACAGUCAAUCCUGGUCAGAUGACUAGUUUCAAUCACUAUGCCCUGGGCUCUGUCAUCAAUUGGCUUCAUGAAUAUGUUGGGGGAAUCAGUUUGAUAGAGCCUGGUUGGAAAGUGUUCAAAGUUCAGCCAAUCCCAGGUGGCACGAUUCGCAGCGCCAGCAUUCAAUAUGAAGGCCCUUAUGGGUUGAUCAAAUGUUCCUGGAAUUUGGAUGAUGAUUCGGUCUUCUCGAUGAAGCUUCAGAUUCCUCCCAACUCUUCUGCUCUAGUGAUACUACCAAAAAAGAACACCACUGCAGAGGAUCGGCAGGGCACCCUCCUACAUUCUGGAAAUUAUGAUCUAUCGUGUCAAUUUGAAGCCGAUCCAUGGCCCCCGACUCCACUCGAAACAUUGUUCAAGCCACCCGCACGGAAGGUCGCCACUGAGCAAAAGGAAGUAUAA